CAUCUCUGCCACAAUGACAACCGUACAGAAAAUCAAGGAAAUCGAAGAUGAGAUGGCCAGGACGCAGAAGAAUAAGGCCACGAGCUACCAUCUAGGUCAGCUCAAGGCCAAGCUCGCGAAGCUCCGUCGCGAGCUCCUCGGUCCGACUGGCGGUGGAGGAGGAGGGGGAGGCCUCGGUUUCGAUGUCGCGCGCACGGGCAUUGCAACGGUCGGGUUCGUCGGAUUCCCUUCAGUGGGCAAGUCUACGCUGAUGUCGAAACUCACCGGCACACAUUCAGAGACAUCGGAGAUUGAUUUCACGACUCUCACGACCGUCCCCGGGACUCUCAAGGUGCACGGCGCGCCCAUACAAAUCUUGGAUCUACCCGGGAUCAUUGAAGGUGCAAAUGACGGUCGAGGUCGAGGUCGACAAGUUAUCGCUGUUGCUCGGACAUGUCACCUCAUCUUCAUCGUGCUCGACGUGCUCAAGCCGCUCGGAGACAAAGCCAUCAUCGAGAGCGAGCUGGAAGGCUUCGGCAUCCGCCUGAACAAGAAACCGCCAGCCAUCACCGUGCGCAAGAAGGACAAGGGCGGCAUCGCGAUCACGAACACGGUCCCGCUCACGAACAUCGACCACGACGAGAUCAAGGCCGUGCUCAGCGAGUACCGCAUCAACAACGCCGACGUCGCCAUCCGCCAGCCGGGCGCGACCGCGGACGACCUCGUCGACGUCAUCGAGGGCAACCGCGUCUACAUCCCCGCCAUCUACGUGCUGAACAAGAUCGACGCGAUCUCGAUCGAGGAGCUCGACCUGCUGUACCGCAUCCCGAUGUCGGUCCCCAUCUCCUCGCGCGAGUGGUGGAACAUCGACGAGCUCAUCGAGAAGAUGUGGGAGACGCUCAACCUCGUCCGCGUGUACACCAAGCCGCGCGGGCUGCCCCCCGAUUACAACUCGCCCGUCGUCUUGCGCCGCGGGAAGUGCAGCGUCGAGGACUUUUGUAACGCGAUCCAUAAGGAGAUCGCGAAGCAGAUGAAGUAUGCGAUUGUGUGGGGCGCGAGCGCGAAGCAUUCGAGGGGACAGAAGGUUGGGUUGGAUCAUGUGUUGGAGGACGAGGAUGUUGUGCAUAUCUCGAAGAAGUAGAUCUGUCGACGCCAUUGCAUUUGUUACCUCACCGUUGUAGUCCUACCUAUUUCACUGUUGUUCAUCUGUUUUACAGCCAUGUUAAAUCACGUCUUGCCCAA